UUAAUUGUCUCGCGAAUCUUGCCCGGAACGGUCGUACUCGUGCUCGUGCUCGUUGGUUCGUUCUUCAGUUCGUUCGGUUUUGCAUGCACCCAAGGCUAGGUGCCGAAUCUUGUGUAUGACUGAUUGAUUGACGGACGGACGGACAAUCAAUCAACACGUACAUAUAUUCGAUCAAAGUGAUAUUAUGAUGCGGCCCCAAUUAGAAGCGAUGGCCAUCGCCUGCGCCUGCCUCUUGGCGGCGAUCUGUGUCUGCGACGGCUCCUCUCUGGUGGAGCCACCUACGACCCAAGCGCCUCCAACACUGUCGCCAGCCCAUGUGCGGUCGCGCCUGCGCACCAACUUCCGAGCCAGCCCCGUGAGUGGCACAACGACUCCGCCCCGCUGCGAGUACAAGGAGCUGAUGACGAAUUUGCACGAUCGAGUGGGCAUCUUGGCGACCUUGGACGAGGACCAGCGCCAUCGCCUGGAAGUCAUCGAUAAGAAACUGGAUCAGCUGGUGGACAGCAAUGCCGCUCGCAUGGAGUCCCUGAAGGCCCAGCAACUGAACUUCCAGCAGCGUCUGGACAGCUUCGAGCACAUCCAGCGGCUCUCGCGCAGCACCCUGGACGAACUAAAAGGUGAAACAGACUUGACCCUGGGUCCCCGAAGAGUUAGGGAGUUGAAGCAAAAGCUAAGAAAUCGCAGAAAGAUGAAGGAUCUGUCGCGUGUUGUUCGGGCUGCUCCCCAGCAGGAUGCUCCGUUCCCAAACUCGAGUUUCGGUAAUAACAAUGAUUUAAGUGUUACGGAUCGCUUGGACGCCUUGGCCACGCUGCUCACCUCCACGGCUCUGAGUGUGAGGGGGGUGCAGGAGGAUGUCCUCAAGCUGACUCAAGCAAUCAACCGCCAGCGUCGCCUGUCGCAUCGCAGGGUUCCACCCAACCUCAUCGGGCAACCAGGAGCUGCUCCCUUCCCCGCCUAUCCCCGUUUGAGUCCGCCCACCAGCUGCCUGCAGUACUAUCUGUCGGUGCAGGGCAUACUGAAGCUGCAGCUCACCCCAGAGUCGGAGUCCUUCUAUGUGGCCUGCGACGGCGACUGGACCGUGAUCCUCAACCGGAGCUCCGACGAGAUCAACUUCGAGCGUGGCUGGCUGGACUACAAGGAUGGCUUCGGCAAUCUGGCCGGGGACUUCUUCAUUGGCCUGAACAAACUGCACGCCCUGACCUCUUCGGCCAUCCACGAGCUGCGGAUCGUGUUCGAGGACUUCGAGGGGCAUGUGGCCUAUGCGGGCUACUCCACCUUCGCCAUCGGCAGCGAGAAGGAGCUGUACCCGUUGAGCCUGCUGGGCCCGUUCCAGGCGGAUUUGAGUCCCUCGGCAGGGGACUCCCUGUCCUACCACGCCGGGGCCAAGUUCAGCACCGUCGACAGCGACAACGACAACUGCGUCGACUGCAACUGCGCGCAGAAGCACAAUGGAGCCGGCUGGUUCAACAACUGCGGCACCAGCAACAUCAUGGGGCAGUACCACCAGCAGAACUAUGCCCAGGCCGGCGAAUCGGGUGUCUUCUGGGACACCUUCCAGGGCAAGGACUACUCGCUGAAAAGGGUCCGCAUGAUGAUACGCCCCAUCGGCGAGGAGGAGGCCCGGCGCUAAGCCAUGAUACUCUCUGUUCCGCUAUGUGUUGUAUUGGAACUGCCAUUUUUCGUGUAAAUCAGGGAUCCCCAAGCCAAGAACCCGCUACAGCCUCCAGCGUCGAUGAGUGUUCGCUUUCUUAUGCAUUUUAACCCUAGCCUAGCUUUAUUCCCGAACUUGUGCGUGUACUCGUAUGUGUAAUAUUUAUGGAAAAUUACUUAAUACCUAGAUAAUACAGUAA